CCCAGCUGCUGAUGCUCGGCGUGUCGGGAGCUGUUCUCCUGCAGGUCGUUCGUUGGGUGGGAGCUCGAAGGCACAUUCGCAGCCAUGCGUGAGAUCGUGCAUAUCCAAGCCGGCCAGUGCGGGAACCAGAUCGGAGCCAAGUUUUGGGAAGUCAUCAGCGAUGAGCACGGCAUCGACCCCACAGGCAGCUACCACGGAGACAGUGACCUGCAGCUGGAGAGGAUCAGUGUCUACUACAAUGAAGCAGCUGGAAAUAAGUAUGUUCCCCGGGCAAUCCUCGUUGACCUGGAGCCGGGCACAAUGGACUCAGUCAGGUCUGGACCUUUCGGCCAGAUCUUUAGACCGGAUAACUUUGUCUUUGGCCAGAGUGGUGCUGGGAACAACUGGGCCAAGGGCCACUACACAGAGGGAGCUGAGCUAGUGGAUUCGGUGCUGGAUGUAGUAAGGAAGGAGUCUGAAAGCUGCGAUUGCUUACAGGGCUUCCAACUCACCCACUCGUUGGGUGGGGGCACUGGAUCUGGCAUGGGAACACUUCUCAUCAGCAAGAUUAGGGAGGAGUAUCCCGAUAGGAUCAUGAACACCUUCAGUGUAAUGCCAUCUCCAAAAGUGUCAGACACGGUGGUUGAGCCAUACAAUGCCACCCUCUCUGUCCACCAGCUGGUAGAGAACACGGAUGAAACCUACUGUAUUGACAAUGAGGCUCUGUAUGACAUCUGCUUCCGCACACUGAAACUCACAACUCCAACCUAUGGCGAUCUCAACCACUUGGUGUCUGCCACCAUGAGCGGAGUGACUACCUGCCUCCGGUUCCCCGGCCAACUGAACGCAGAUCUUCGCAAGCUGGCGGUCAACAUGGUGCCUUUCCCUCGUCUGCACUUCUUCAUGCCGGGCUUUGCUCCCUUGACAAGUCGUGGCAGCCAGCAAUAUCGUGCCCUGACGGUCCCGGAGCUGACUCAGCAGAUGUUUGAUUCCAAAAACAUGAUGGCGGCCUGUGACCCCCGCCACGGCCGAUACCUGACGGUGGCAGCCAUCUUCCGGGGCAGAAUGUCCAUGAAGGAGGUGGAUGAGCAGAUGCUGAAUGUCCAGAACAAGAACAGCAGCUACUUUGUGGAGUGGAUCCCCAACAACGUGAAGACGGCCGUGUGUGACAUUCCUCCCCGAGGCCUGAAGAUGUCUGCCACCUUCAUCGGCAACAGCACCGCAAUCCAGGAGCUCUUCAAGAGGAUCUCUGAGCAGUUCACAGCCAUGUUCCGGCGGAAGGCUUUCUUGCACUGGUACACCGGCGAAGGCAUGGAUGAGAUGGAGUUCACGGAAGCCGAGAGCAACAUGAAUGACCUGGUCUCCGAGUACCAGCAAUAUCAAGAUGCUACUGCAGAUGAGCAAGGAGAGUUUGAGGAGGAAGGAGAGGAGGAUGAAGCUUAGAGGUUGAGUAGGGUUAGUUCAUAGGCAAGUGUCCAAGGUGAGAGCUGUUCAGCUGUAUGAGUGCAUGCUUUUCCAGUUAUUCUUGGUGCUUUUCACUGUUGCCUCUGUCAGCAGUUUUUGUGACCCUGCUCUAUUACUUUAAUAUUUAUAAACUGGCAACAUGAUUUAAUUAGGGAGAUACAAAUCCUAUUCAAUUUGAGAGCUAUGAAGUUGAACCCUUCAACAACAGGUGCUGGCAGUAGGACCAGCUCUACACUAUAUAUUAAAAUCUUAAGAAUAAACUUGCUUCCAUAUUUAUGCACCUAUAGAUUCUGCAGCCCAAUUGGUACUAAUUAAGAUAAUUCUCAAGGAAAAUUCCUGCAGGGAUUAAAGUUUUAUUAAAGAGAGAUGUUAUACUUUAUCUAAACUAAUAAAGAGAUUUACAGAGUGCUUUGCAAACAAAACAACUCUAGAUUGGUAUUUUUUAGAUGUGUUGUAAUUUGCAAUUCCCAGAUUUUCUAGAUCGUACAAGAUUUCUUUCAUGGGAAACAUAGGACCUUGCGUCCCAACACUUCUGGAGGGGAUUACAUUGGAGAAGACUUGCUUAUCCCUCGUUAUUGACCAUUUAUUUUGAUUCCAUUGGAAAGGUGGUAAUCAAGAAAUAAAUUAGUAAUAGCUUUCUCUACCAAUUAGAGUAAGCAGAAAUCUUUUUUUUUUUUUUUUUUUGGUCUAUCCCAUGAAGUAUUUUUGCAUAUGCUAAAGAAUAUUCUACACAAUUGCAGAGGCAGUAGGUAAACUUACUUUGAUUGGUUUUUCCUUGUCUUGUGCCUUCACAUGAACGCACACUGGAAAGAAGUGCUUACAGUUGCAAUUAGAAUUCUGCAUGUAACUUGUAACACUUUGUGAUUCAAACUGAUCAUUUCCAACUUUUGGGAUCAGGCUCCUCAAAAGACACAAAUAUUGCAACAACUGGAUUCUAAAACUUUUUUUUUAUUUUUUAUUUUUUUUUGUAAUACAGGAAAUCAUUGGCUUGUAAUGUUAGGAGCUUAUUCCCUCUCACUUUACGAACUAAGGUAUUUUUUUCAUAUUCGGAAUCACUGUAUGUUCCAAAUCAUGUCUUCAGCCUUUAUCUUUAAAAAAAAAAACCUUAAGAUUUUGAGGAAGAAACGAGCACAAUUGGCAACUAGAAUACUAGCAGAGCAGGCAUGAAUUCAGACAGCUGGAAUUGAGCAUGUUUUCUGUGGCACUGUCUUACGUUGCUUUCUUUUGUGCAUUGUGUAAACAUUCAAGAAUGUCCGCAGUAAAAUUCUACAAUGGCUUUUGUGUGGUGUUCAAUGUUGAGGACUCUGUAUCAAGGCAUGCAUUUUGGAAUAAUGACUUCUGUUUGUGCUUUUCUUCAAGACUGAAUCUGGGCAAUAAAAGUAUUUAUUGAAACUUA